AUGUGGCCGGGCGGAAAACAUCCAAUUUGUCGACGCCUAAAUUUCGAUGCACCCAGCGAGCCGACGCUGACCAGAGAACCGAUCGAUUUUGACAAAGACCCUCAUUUUCCGAGGCCGGUACGCCUUUUUUUGGUUUUUCUGGAAUUUAACAAGUUUAUUUUCAGUGGUGCCAUCACGACGUGGAACUGGAGCCGCUGAUUUCGAAGCUACGCGUUGAGCUCAUCAAAAGUGGAUACACGGGAGUUCAGAAGCCGGCCGCAGACCCCACUUCCAAAUUUCGCACAGGUAAUUUGCAUUUUAGACUAAAAAUGCUGAACAUUUUUAAUUUAGAAUAUCGCCGAAUCGUCAACGCCGUCACAAUUGUAAAUGAAGCGUAUUCAACUCAAAUGAGGCAACUCGAAUGGCGUGAGUUUGAAUGAAAUUUCGCAUUUCACCUUCUUUUACCCGCAAAUUCUGAUUUUCAGUGCGAGAAAAGCUGAACAUGUCAGCGAACGACUACGAAAUACUCCUGAAUCGUCAAAAUUACAUCGAAGCGUCCGUAGCCAAACUGAAAGAGCAAUUGACGCGAUUCGAGUGAGCCAAUCUUCCCGAAUUUUCUUUGAAAAAGUGUAAAUACAGUUCCAGCGUCGGAAUUCUGAAGUCGACGCAGGCGGCCGUGAAAAGUGUGCUCGAAUUGAGAGAGGACGAGUACAUGGACGGAAUGACGGACGCGGAUUUGCCGGAUGAGUAUCAGAAGUACAACGAAAUCAGCAAAUUGUGUGUGCGUCUUCCAGGCCGGUUCUUUUUUUUGGAUUUUUGAAUUCUUGCAGGACACAGCUCUGAAAUCGUACGAUGUGGUGAAGAAGCGAAACGAAGAGAUGAAGAGGGAGCUGUUGGCGGCCAGAAACAAGCAUCGGAGGCAUCAGGAAGCGAUGAGGAGUCUGAUGGGAGAGAAGGAGCGCACGAAGAUCGACGAGGCGGCCGAAUUUCUGAAAGACUGCUCACUGGACCAACUUCAACGAAUUAGAGACCAAAUUAAAUCUGUGAACAUGAACAAUUAA